AUGGCAGGCACCGAGGAGCCACCCCGCGCCUUCAAUCCGAAUGAUACCCACGGUUUCCAAAACGUCGCCGAUCCCUUGGUCGAUGCCAAGGUCGAUCACUGGGAGGAUUUCGAGGAAAACAGAUUCGUUGAUACCGAGGGCGGCGCCAAUAUGGUCGUCAACGAGGGGGUCUUUGGCACCUUGAAUAACCUCGACGAGGACCGUGUCCAGACCGUCGCUCGUGGCUUGGCGAGACAGCAUUCCCUGUCGAGGGAGAGAGAACUCGAGGCGGAGGGCAGAUCGGCCCCUGCGAGUCCCGUCAGCAUCGGCUCAGACCAGGAGGGCCUCAUCAUCGUCCUGUAUCGCCUUCCUGUCAUCGCGACGUGUGACCCCGACGGCAAAUGGUCCUUUGCCUGGGAUGACGACGCCCUGUAUCUCACGUCCACGGGCUUGCGCAGAGGCUUGGAGGAGCUCAAAAUCAAGCCCCUGUGGAUCGGCAUUAUUAAUACUGAUACCCCCAUUCCGCCCGCCGAUCGCGACCACAUCUCCAGAGUCCUGUUAGACGACUUCAACGCCGUGCCCGUGUAUUUGCCCCAGGAGACCCGCACCAAGUUUUACCAAGGCUUUUGCAAAGAUACCCUCUGGCCGGCUUUUCAUAUGCUCACCAACGUCAGCACCGAUGGCCACACCAAGCGCUUUGAUCAGGAAUCAUGGCAUGCCUACCAGCGCGUCAACAGGACUUUUAGCAACAUUAUCGUCGAGCAUUACGAGAAACAUCUUAUCUGGGUUCAUGACUACCAUCUCAUGCUGUUGCCCUACUACCUGCGCAUUAAGCUAAGCGGCGUCAAGAUUGGCUUGUAUCUCCACAUUCCCUGGCCGAGCUCCGAGAUUUUCAGAAUGAUGCCCGUGCGGAACGAGAUCUUGAAGGGCUUGCUCAGUGCUACCAUGCUUGGCUUUCACCUUUUCGAUUACGCUAGACAUUUUCUUUCUGCUUGUGUUAGGCUGCUCAACCUUGAACAUGAGGCUCGCCGCGGAAGUCUCGGUAUUGAGUAUGAAGGACGCCAUGUCAUGAUCAGGGUCAGUCAUAUCGGGGUUGAUCCAGAGCGCUUUAAUGACCGAAUUGGCGUCUCUCGCCUACGACAAAAGGCUGCAGAGCUAGAGGCCAAGUAUCCUGGUAAGACCCUGAUUGGAGCCAUUGACGAUCUGGAUAUCAUCAAGGGUAUUGCCUUGAAACUUAUCGCGUUUGAAGACUAUCUCUCCACGUCGUCAGAGCGCGUUCGUUCGAACGUUGCCCUCAUUCAAGUCGCGAUUCCAAAAGCAGCCAGAGUGAAUGUUUCGGUGCGACAAGAAAUUCGAGAACUGGUUGACAAGAUCAAUUCUACCUAUGGUACCGCGGAUCAUAAGCCCGUCCUGUACAUUGAACAAAACAUCACUUUUGAUGAGAGAAUGGCUUUGUACUCGGUUUGCGAUGCCUUGCUUUUGACACCAAUUCGAGACGGCCUCAAUCUCAUCCCGUACGAGUAUAUUGUGUCAACUCCGCAGGGUAAAGGACAGCUCAUUCUUUCGGAGUUUACAGGUUGUUCACGGGCUCUGUCUUCUGCCGUCCGUGUGAAUCCAUGGAACGUUGAUGAGCUAAGGGAUGCCAUCGACAACGUUAUUCAAAAGAAGGAAACAAGGGCAGCUGAAAUUCGACUGAAGCAUGAGGCGGAUCGUAAGUAUGUUACGUUGAACAGUUCGUCCAAUUGGGCGGAGUCCUUCCUUGGAGACCUGAGAGAGGCUUCCGAGUCCGUGAAGGAAGUUGUGAGACUGGGUUUGAGCCGAGGUCGCGGCUUCCGCAAGAUCGAGUUUGAAGACUUCACUAUGUUGAAUGCAAGAACGGUCGUUAAGGCAUUCCGGGAGUCAGAGAGGCGAUUAUUCCUAUUCGAUUAUGACGGAACACUUACACAAAUUGAAUCCGAAAGCUCUCGAAUGGCACACACGUGGGCAAGACCAACCGAGGAUGUAAUGCGCAACCUGGAACUUCUGUCCAAACAGAAGAACAGCACAGUGGUAAUUUUAUCCGGCCGAGGCACCGCGACAGACGGUUUCCAUCUAGCACACAUGAAAUCCCUUGGAAUCGCAGCAGAACAUGGCUUUUAUUACAAGAGGCCGGGUGGAACAGAAUUUGAGAACUUGGCUCCAGGCGCCGACCUGUCGUGGAUUGAAGUAGCGUACCGAAUAAUGCAAUUAUACACGGAGCGCACAGAUGGUUCGUACAUCGAGGAGAAAUCUGCCGGGCUUGUGUGGCACUACCUCGCCGCAGAUCCCGAGUUUGGUACUUGGCAGGCAAAGGAAAUGCACGACCAUCUUGAAAGUAUUCUGAAUACCUUCAACGUUGAGGUCGUGAAUGGGCAAGGGUGGUUGCAAGUGAGGCUUGCAAAUGUCAAUAAGGGUAACAUGGUGGCACAGGUGUUGAGAGAUUUGGAGGAAAGCCCUGACUUUGUCCUCUGUUGCGGUGAUGAUAGGACGGACGAGGACAUGUUUGCAGUGCUCGCGGAGAACGCAGCUACAAAAGACAGUCAUCUCUUUACUGCAACAGUCGGCGUCAAGCCGAGUAAUGCGCGAUUCUAUCUGCGAAGUUCAAUUGAUGUUGCACACUUGAUAGAGAGCAUUAUCGAAAUUGCCCUCCCGGGAAGCGCAACUCACGUUCGCAGUUCUACUUUAGAAGAUAUGCGACCAGUAGCUCUACGCAGAUUGGUAGCGGAAGAAUCAGAAGGAAUAGCGUCGUCGUCAUCAUCAGGAGCACUUGAUAACGUCGAAACGCCGCCGCCAUCAUCAGGAGCACUUGAUAACGUGGAAACGCCGCCGCCAUCAUCGCAAGCCGAGUCCAUAGAUAGUUAGACCUCUCGAGAGGCCUGUAAAAUGAAGCUCAUCACUAUUGGGACUAGGUAAGACACUUGUCAUGAAGCAUAGAUCGAUCAUAAUGUAUAGGUAUUCGUGCGACAAUGAUACUGUACAUUAAGGCCGUUCGCAUGAGUCGGAACGGAAUGAAGAUUGAAAAUGCGUUCUGCUUGAA